ACUACCUUCCUGCCUUGACUUUUGAGUCUUCCUUUCCUUAACUGCAGUUGUUUUCAAAUAUCAUAUCUUCCGCGCUAUGCGCUAAGGUUCAUAUCUCACUCUUUCUUGUUUCUUUGAUCGCUUCCCACUUCCAGACAACUGCUCCCUUACGGGGUAAACUUGAAAGUCAUGGCUGCCUCCGUUUUACCGUUUCGCGAUAUCAAUCUUCACGCUUCGUCCACUCACUAUGCCUUCACUUCUCCCUCGUCACCUAAUGCCCCUACUCUUGUUGUCGAGCGUCCAACCGGUGACUUGCGUCUCACAAAUGGCACCCUUUCCGGUGCGAAGCGUAUCUCUAGUAUCGCUGGUAUACUGGGCAUCAUCAAAUUGAAACUGGACAAAUACAUCAUCGUCAUCACCAAGGCUCAGCCCAUGGGCAGGCUACGUGGCCACAUGGUAUACAAAGUUGCGGCGACCGAGUUCCUCCCCCUGCGCGAGCGCCCUCUACAUGAUUCCGAUGAAGAUACAUAUCUGGCACUGUUGAAGGAACACCUUCGUACUGGACCCAUGUACUUCUCCUACGCCCUGGACAUCACCAACAGCUUCCAGCGUCAAUCACAGAGUGAUCUUAGCCUGCCUAUGUGGAAGCGAGCGGAUGACCGCUUCUUCUGGAACCGCUUCAUACAAUCCGAUUUGAUCGACUUCAGCCUUGGAGAACAUGACACGACUGGUGUGCGGCUCGGCCCACAGCCGGGUGCUGAUCCAUAUAUCCUCCCCGUCAUGUUCGGCAUGCUCCGGAUAACCCCGGCAAAGGUCAAGUCAACGUCCUUCACAUUUGCCCUUGUUACGCGGAGAUCCAGAUAUCGUGGAGGCACAAGAUAUUUCUCACGUGGUAUUGAUGAUCAAGGUCACGUCUCGAAUUACAACGAGACCGAGCAAAUUGUCAUCCUGAAUGACGCAACGGGUGGUCUUUCUGGUUUCGCCGGAGGUCAGUCUCUAGCGAAGGAGAAGUUGGGUGGCUCUGGCCAAGACCUCCAGGUAAUGGCGUUUGUGCAAACCAGAGGCAGUGUUCCCGUGUAUUGGGCCGAAGUCAACAAUCUUAAGUAUACACCGAAGCUUCAAGUCCGUGGGGUGGAAACUGCUGUUGAUGCGGCCCGCAAGCACUUUUCCGAGCAGAUCCGUCUAUAUGGCGAAAACUACUUGGUUAACCUGGUGAAUCACAAAGGUCGGGAAGAACGAGUCAAGAAUGCUUACGAGCAGUUGGUCCGUAUACUAAUGUCGUCCUCUACCGAACACACCGAGGCAGAUGACGCAACAUCAGAAAAGGUGCACGCUGUUGAGCCCGGUCUCAGACAAAACGAGAUGGAUAGAUUACAUUAUAUCUACUUCGACUUUCACAAUGAGACGAAGGGACUCAAAUGGCAUCGUGCAGAGCUGUUGCUAGAUCGGUUGAUGGACGGUCUCACGCGGGGUGGCUAUUUCCGGGGAGUGGAAGACCCUGGUGUCCCCGGUGGACAACUGGACAUCCGAUCCUCGCAGACCAGCGUCGUCCGGACCAACUGCAUGGACUGCCUUGAUCGCACAAAUGUGGUGCAGAGUAUGCUGGGACGUUGGGCCCUUACGCGUCAGCUCAUCGAUGCUGGAGUUUUACGCCCAGGAGAGGCUGCAAACGACGACCGUGAGUUCGAAAAUCUCUUCCGCAACAUCUGGGCCGACAACGCGGACGUGGUCUCAAAAUCCUACUCUGGCACGGGCGCACUCAAAACCGAUUUCACUCGCACAGGAGAGCGUACUCGCGCAGGCAUGUUGCAGGAUCUGAACAAUUCUAUUACACGCUACGUGCGAAACAACUUCUUGGACGGUCCCCGACAAGAUGGCUUCGAUGUCUUUCUGGGUGCCUAUCUCCCUCCUGACUCUACACUGGGUAGCCUUCAGCUUUUCCUCGAUCGCCGACCGCUCAUCAUCCAGUCAAUCCCAUACAUCUUUGCUGCUGGAGUUUUUAUGAUCCUGGUCUCAACCUUCACAAGACGCCUACCAGACUCCACUGUGUGGCCACUGCGCUUGUUCGUUAUCUUCUGGCUUGUUGUCAGCGCCUGGUGUGCCCGAUUUAUACUUGCCCAUGGGAUGCUUUAUGUAAAUUGGCCAAAAUUGAACACACCCGCAGCUGGCUCUGAAGGGUAUCAAGAUGCGCUCAUCAAGGCUCGCACGGAUCCGGUCAUCGGCCAGUGGCUUCCUGUCAGAAGACACCAGCGAGGCUAUAGCAACGCAAGGCUGGUCUUCUUGGAGGAAGGAAAAACAAGGAUCGAGUAGUUUCAGGGACAGGCCUUUUAUUGCACUACUUCUUGCACUACAUCUUAUAGAAUAUUUACUUGUCCACCUUUCUUUGGUGUAUAUCUAGCCACACACGUCUUUUACCCCUCUACAUCCACCCUCUGCUUACACUUUUCCAUGUUUCAAUAACACCUUCUCGUUACACCUUGUCUCUGCCAAACUAGAAUCCUUACCAGCAACACUUGAUUGUCAAAUAUAAAGUUUCCCAUUGCACUUCCC